AUGCAGCAAACUGGUGAAAAUCCCAGAGAAAAAUACGAUCGAUCGGAGCUACCAAGCUCUUUUAUGUCACCAGAGACUCCAGGAAAUCAGCAUUUCGGUCGCACAACUCCAUCUAUCGAAGCGUCUCCAUCAUAUGCGUCUUGUUUCCUGACUCCACCGUGUUCCCAAGAAAAGGUUCUAAGACCUACUUCUUUACUUGCGAUUGAUCUUCAAGGAUUGCCUAAGCUCGAUUUGGAGCUUGAAGACGUCGAUCCAGAGAAAUCAGUUCGAAAAGGGCUCCAUCGUUCGCCUUUGCUACCAGAGGACAGAAUCAUUGGAAGAUUGAUUGGGGAGGAAAAAAUAGACUUUAUCUCGGAUCUCAAGUCCAUUAAUUGCCAAAAGAUUUGUCAAAAAAUCUGCUCUUAUUUGGAUCCUCAAGAUCUGUGCAGGUACGUUGAUUGCGUUCUGUAUGCCGGCGCAUACACAGACGUAGCUGUUGUUUGCGUGCGAUCAUCAAUCAAACGUGAAUGCAUAAUUUAAUAAAAAUUCUUUUCAUCUCAUCUCGAAAUCUCGGCAACGUUCGGGAUGAGUGCUGAUCGAAGUUUACUUUUACCGAGUUUCCAUGCUCCCCGGAUUUUUGAGUGAUUGUCUCUGCGACUCUUAAAAUUAACCUUUCAAUCGAUCAAGCUCACCCUCGUUGUUUCCAAGCACAUAAGCAGCUACAAGUCAACUUGUUUUGAAUGGCUGAAGUCGUUUCCUCUAAGCUUAUCGGAAUUCCAGAAGAUGAUUUCAAGAAUUUUAAAAUUCUGAUCUAAUAUUUGAGCCAAUUGCCCCUUUCUGCUUUGCAUCUUGACGUUCUUUGUUAAUUAUGAAAUCUUGUGGCUAUAUAUUUAAAAAACUUCAGAAGUUUUUUUCUAAAAUGUUUUGUUUAGAUUUGCUUCUGUGUGCUCAAAAUGGAGAACUGUUAUAAAACAAGACACCCAGAAUGGACGAAGGUGGAAAGGAUUCUUAGAUGAAAGAAAACGACACUUCACCCUAAAGGGAAAGGUAAAUUGAUUUAGGGGUCAAUUCUUAUUUAUAGAUAUGAUAUAUUAGCUUAUGUGUUGCUUGCUUUGUUCAAGAUCUUCUUGCCUAUUGGCUUACUAUUGUUUUGUAUAACCCUUAGUGUACCCAGGAAAAGUUUGUAGUAAAAUGUGAACUUAAUAUAAACUUUCACUUGUUUAUGAGCCAUCACGGUUAGCUGGGCUGGCUCGGUUCAUGCCUUGUUUCCUUGUUGUGUUUAUAUGAAGAGAUGGGUUGGUCAGCAUGCCAAAAUCUUGUCUUGAGCAAGUGGGGCCAGCCCUCCUUCUCAUAUAAACACAACAAAAAUUUUACGAGGUAACAAGACAUGAUUCGGGCCAGCCCCUCUAACCGCGCUGGCUCACCUCAUAAAAGACCCUAAGCGUUGUUUUACAUUCCAUAGGAGAAUCAUGGUACACCAUCCACUUUCAAAUCAGCAUAUCCUGAUCAUCUGACGAGAGUGCCACUUGCUAGCAUUAAUCACAAUAUACUACAUGAGAGGAGAAAAGACAAAAGCAAUGAAACAGCCUUGAGGAGUACAGAGUCCCAGACUUACUACUCCCAUCCAAUCUCCAGACAAACUUCAGAUGAGCUUAGACCAUGCCCCAAAUGCACAUCUCCUUCAAACUUGUCAAAAAUAACGGAGGGCCAAUGUCAGUGUCAAAAGUGUGGCAAUAUGUUUUGUUCAGUUUGCCUUAGAGAGACUGCACAACACACCAGUAGAGAUCAAUGUAAAGGACUCUUUGUUACUCCACCUACCAGAACUGACCGGCAUCUCAGAUAUCAGAAAACCAACAGGGACGUUGUUGGAAGCAAAAAGUGCAAAGAAAGAGUUAGACGCCUUUGA